UGUGAGCUCUGAGCGCGUUUCUCGCUUUCUCGUUCAUUGCUCCUUUAUACUCCUCCUCUUCCCCCUCGUCUCUUCCCUCUCUUCCCAGGCGUUCCCCGUAUGGCUCUCUCUCGCCCACUCCCACCGCACAGGAAGCGAAUCCCCUCCAUCACCCCACGUAUUGCGCCCAACCUCACAACAGAGGACAAUGCGUGGGACAGUCUAAGAGACAAAAGCGACGAUCAGUUGAGAGCGAUCACGAGAAAUGAUCUCGUACAAGCCCUCAGAGGCGAAUGGGAUUUGAAAGACAAGAUGGUAGGGAAGAUCGAGAUGCUGGAAAAUAACAGAGACAAGCUUGAAAGAGAUAUUGGCGAACUCUCUAGAGCCAUGGCGACUUUACAAUCUCGAUUCGAUGAGUCUCUUAACGAACAAGGCCGUAUGGAAGCUGACCUCGUAGAGCGCAAUGCGCUCUUGGACAGACUGCGUAAAAGAGUGUCAGAGACUGAAAGGCAGAUCAGGGAGGCUCAAAAGCGGUACGCUGACCAGGAAACGGCUUUUGAAGCCGAACGACGCGCCUUCCAAGCUCAGGAAGCGCAUCUCCGGGCACGCAUCAACUCACUCCUAUCAACGCCUCAUAAAACUGCAGUUGCACCAGCUAUAGCUGCACAGCGACGCGAAGACGGUACUAUAUCAUCAUUGAAAGAUGAAAUUGCCUCCCUCAAACUGUCGUGUACGACCCUCCGGGCCAAAAACAGCACUCUCACCCAAGAUAUACAAGAACUUAAAAACUUGAAUAACGCUCUACAGGAAGAUAACGAGGCCUGGGAGUUAUUUUUGAGGGAAAGAACACUCAAUGGAGAUAUUAGAGAAAAAGAUGGUCUCUUAAAUGCUGAUCAAUUGCAAGACAGAUAUGAAAGGCACGAACCAGAGCCAUUGAAUGAAGGAUUACUUCUGGAAAGCCCGUUAAGCAGACGGGGCAAAAUAGCCAGUGAUAAUGGUUACUCGCCUCUUAAUGGACGAAAUCUGGCCUCUGAACUGGGUAUUUUUCAAGAAGAAAGAGAGCCGGGGUACCUGAAAAAAGACAUUAACACCGAGGCAUUGGAGAAUGAGAUCAAGCAACUUAAAGACACCAACAAAGCACUCAAUCUUUAUUGUUCAAAGAUAAUUGACCGCAUCAUUGCUCAAGAAGGGUUUGAGCAUAUUCUUUCAGUUGAUUAUAAAACCGGCCCAGCUGGUUCACGAAACGUCUCUGCCAUUCAAACGCCUCUCAAACAUAAUGCUGCCCCUUUUGCUCAAGCUUUUAAUGCAGAAAUGACCUCACAAGCCUCUGCUAGCUCUCAAGACUCUGCUUCAUCAAAGGACAAGAGAGGCAGGCCGUUAAGUAUGAUAAUGGCUAGAACAUUUUCUGGGGCGGCCGAGAAGACACCUGUAGUUGAAGAGGUACUAUUGCCUUCGCCCCUAACUACCUCAGUCGAACCGUCCAGGGCUACGGUAGCCAAGCAAGAAAAAAGGGCUCGCCGAGGCUUCUCUCUUGAUUUUCGCUCCUUCGGCUUUGGUGGAGUCACGAGCCCCGGAUCUCCCAGACCAGCUUUGCGACCACUUACGCUCGCUUCACGUGCUAUCAGCUCAACUUCACCCCCCCUGCAACAAGAAAAGGGAGCCACUACUGGUCGCAAACUUGAACCUACGGAAGAAGAUGAAGAAGACAAACGAGAAAGACAUAGAAUGGAAGCAACCCUAAAGCUUAUGGGGAUAUCCAAAUCUGCCGAUACAAGUAAUGUUCAGGAUACCAUGACAAAAACCCCUGACAAUGGAAAAUCACCUUGGAGCCGACUGUAUUCCACUAUAUGCUCCACCGAACAUAUCUAUGUCGUUGGCAACAGUAAUCCAGCGGCUGCACAAGCUGCCCUCAAAGAGUAUGACCGACGAGAAGCGGUGCGUAUGGAAAGUCUUGCUCAAGGUAAAUCAGAAGCCGUAUAUACCACACCGCCGGGAGUGGGAAUACCCAGAAGGCGAAGUUCGAGCAGGGAGAAAAUGAUGAUGAGUGUGGGCAGCGUGAAUACGCUUUGGAGUAUGGGGUCGUCAAGCCGACCGACCAGCAUGGACAUUACGAGGAAUGGAAAAUAAUUUGCAAAAUCUGUGGAUGACCAUCUGAACUGAGCUUAAGCCCUCGGUUCAUUACGACGGUCACGCACCAAACGACUCAUAGGGGAUAUUUUCUCCAAGGGCGAUGAUGACUUUUAUGUGUAUAAUGACUAAUAAUUAG